AUGCAUAAUAUCGAAGAGAUUCAUGAGCUUGUAAACGAUAGACCAUCGAUAGUGAAAGCACACAAAUAUUGCAACUGGAACGGUACCUGGUUUCGGCAUCCGGAGUCUAAUCGAGUCUGGACUAAUUACACGACUUGUAUUAACUUACAAGAUCUCAGCUGGCAACAGGGGAUUAAUGGAAUUUACGAGGCUGGAUAUGCGAUAUCGUUGGUAGCGUUGCUGCUCUCAUUAGGUAUUCUCACGUAUUUCCGAUCCCUGAGAUGCGCGAGAAUCACUCUUCACAUGAACCUGUUCGCAUCGUUCGCUGUAAAUAACGCCCUGUGGCUGGUGUGGUACAGAUGCAUCGUCGCCAGCACGGAUUUGCUAUUGAACAAUGGGAUACCGUGUCGCUUGUUGCACAUCGUCCUGCACUAUUUCCUGCUGACUAAUUACGCCUGGAUGUUGUGUGAAGGAUUUUACCUGCACACGUUGCUCGUUAGCGCUUUCACCAGCGAGCAUAAAUUAGUAAAGUGGUUGAUGGGUCUCGGCUGGCCAGUACCAGCGAUCAUCGUCAUGAUUUACGCUUGUUUAAGGGCCACCAGCGAUGAUCCUACAGAUACUGAGCAAUGUUGGAUCAACGAGGGAAACUACAUGAUCGUGCUGAUAUACCCGGUCUGCGUGUCCACCCUAUUGAACCUACUUUUUCUCUUCAACAUCGUCCGAGUCCUGUUGAUGAAAUUGAGAGCCGGUCCAACGAUCGGCACGCAGCCGUCGAGGUCCAUGCGUCAAGCAUUUCGUGCAACGUUACUUCUUGUACCUCUUUUGGGACUACAUUACCUCGUCACCCCGUUCAGACCACCGAAGGAUCACCCUUGGGAACAAUUCUACGAGGUUCUAUCUGCAAUAACAGCUUCUUUUCAGGGACUGUGCGUAGCUAUUUUAUUCUGUUUUUGCAACGGCGAGGUAAUAGCGCAGUUCAAGAGGAAGUGGGAGGGCACGGCUCUUAUGCGAAAUCGAGCCAAUUCUUGCACGGCCACUACCGUCUCGGUCCGAUGGCGGGAGAGGAGACGGUGUGACUAUCGUCCAUCGGUGCCGACCGAGGAGAAGCGGAACGCGGACGACCGUCGGCAAACCGUGCACCUGGUCGCCGCCAAUUUCGUCCCCAAUAGCCACAACAAUCACGCGAAGAUGAUCGUCAAGCCCGGCGACUUUGACCAGACGCAAUGUUGAUGACAAUCCUGGAUUAUGAUGGGAAACGUCGUCGGCUACGGUCAAACGCGAUGAGUGAACGGGGACGAUUGAUCAAAGACGUUGGUGAUCGGGAAACACAAGAUUGCUUAGCAAAGGGUUACGCUUAAAGUAUUGGGGUGAAUUGUUCGAAGGAACUAAGGUAGAUUGGCUAGUUAGAGAUUUCUUAAUAAAGGGAAGGCUGUUCGCGUGUUGAGUGUUGUUUGUACAUAGAAUACAUGAAUGUAGGAUUUGUUGCUAAAACAGAUUAAAUCAAAAGGUGUUCUACGGGAUAAUAUAACUUAAUGAUCAGGGAUUGAAGAGGUUCCGAAAAUAACUGUCUCAAACUGUUAUACGUUACUCAAACUAAAUAUGGCAUCACGAAAUUUGUAUAAACAAUUACCCGAUUUCGGAAGAUUAAUUAAUUCAAAUAAUAAUAAUUACUCAGUUAAUUAUUGUAAGACGAUAUUUCUUCUUAUAAAUUGAAGCUCGAAAUCUCUAGUGGAUCUCUUAAUUUAGAAGAAAAGUUUUGGUCCUAUGAUAAUAAUUUAUUGCUGAGUAAUCAUCGUCCAAACUUGGGCAAUUUUCGACACUUUCGUGGUGCUAUAAUUUUUUUUUAGUAAUAUAUAUCGGAUCCGACCGAAACAGUGAGAACAGAAAGAAUGUUAUAACUGUUAUUAGAUACGUCGAUUCUGGUCUAUGUUGGUUCUGGUUUCGAUUCUUUAGAAUCGAUAUUAUACAAGUUCCAUAAUCGUUAUUUUUCGGUUUCGUAUUUCGGAUCUGCAUUUUAGUUCUUCAUUUCGAUUUUAUGUACAGCUGUCCAAAACGAUUUUAUCCCGACCCACUUGACAUGCAUACAUACAGUAAUUAAAUUAGCACGAGUGCCGUUGAUAUCGCUCGUCUGCUCGACAUUGACAAUUUGACAGCUGUAAGCAAUUUUAGUAAAAAUAUUCUUAUUUAAUCUAAUUUAUUUAUUAAAGUACAUAGGGUGUGGCAUUAACUAUUAGUACCUCAGAUAUCUUCGAUAUUUGGCAAUUGUACAAAAAAAAAGAAAAAAACAAAGAGCAGUGGAAUGCACGACAAGCAAAUUAUUUUAAAUCGUUUGCAAGUUAAACAAACUUUCGAGUCAAUUUUCACAAAAACAGAGCUCCGGAUGAAAAAAUGUUAUACCAAAAUAUUUUCUUCUUUUUCAUCGUAGGAUCAUCCCCUGCUCGAUUGUACUACUAUUUCCGGCUCACCCUGUAUGUAAAGCCAUAUACGUAACUAUUUAAUACCUGCUACAAGAAAAUUAAAAAUUCCAGUUCAAAUAGUGUAUCAAAAUUGUUUACAUUUUAGAGAAUAAGAAAAUAGGACCGAAAUAUAGAACCGAGAAAUAAUUAUAGAACCAAUAUAAUAUCUGUUCCCAUGAAUCUCAGCUGAAAUCGACAUAAGUCAGGACCCAGUAUACCGAAUAACAAUUAUGGCACUUUUUCGGUUGUCGGUAAUCAUUUCAAGAACUAGAACUGAUAUCAUAACUGUUUUCAACCCCUGUUAAAGAUUGUGAUUGAUAUCUUUUAAUAGAGAAAUUGUUGAGUGCUAAUGAAUGUUAAAUAAAAAGUGCUGAUCUUGUCGAUGUCAUAUUAUAAUGAGCCUUUUUUUAAAAUGGGUAAUGAUAAAAUCAAAGUACUAAGAUAAUUUUGGGAGAAAUAAUGGGAAGCGUUUUAGUGGUAAUAGACGUUACCGAAUUCGCACAAGAGAAAGUUUGUAUGGUGAAACCAUAAGUAAAAUACGAAGUGAUAUUUUACCUAAACAAACAUAAUUAUAAUAGUAAUAUUUUUCGAAUCUCAAAUCUCGUUUGAUCAAUGUAGAAAGCGGUGAAUGCUUGUUCGAAUAAAUUGAAGUUAUUUUUGUUUAGAGACACGUUCUUAUACUUAUGCCGUGUGUAUUAAGACAAGAAAUUCUAUUUCCCUAAUAAAAACAAUUACUUAUUCUAAAUCGUAGAAUUAGACGGAGUGUAGCUUGUUAUAUUCUAAAACCGAUUUCAAAGAUCAAGUUUUUAUAUUUCAGAAUUAAUAAUUAAAACAAUUCUUUGUCGAAUUGCUUUUGAGUAAACAAACGGAUAAAUAAUUAUUAAUUGAUAAACGAAUCGCCAAUGUUGCGAGGCGAAAUCUUUGCUUUAAAUUAAUUCAUACAACGAUUCUUCACUUUUUGCGCUGUGCGAUAGCGAUGUAAAACGUGUAAAUAAUCACUUUCUUCUCUUCUUAAAGAAGACAAGGUCGAAGCUGUUAAAUAUUGGAAUAGUAUAAGUUUGUCACAUUUUCUUUUUGAAUGAUGUUUUCCAUUCGGCUGUAAACAGAUAUAAGUCGUCAUAUCGAAUAACAUCGCAGAAUUUUUAUACAAGACGGUGAUUUUGUAGAAAAUAUUCAUCCAUGUAUACUUGCUGCCGAUGCAAAUAUAAUUGAAUAUGCGAAAAACUA